UAUUUUCUAGCUGAAAUGGCCCGCUUCCCAAAUAAAAAGAAGAAGGUGUUCAGUAAGCCGGUUCUGAAGAAGCCCAGUGUUGAUCAUGUCACGGGAGAUAAAAUACCCAAGAGCUUUGUGUUUUCAAGAGGAAAGCUGCCGAGUUCUCUGAGAAAGCUGCAAAUGGACUUAAGAAAGUUGAUGCUCCCCCAUACUGCACUUAAGCUAAAGGAAAAGAAACAGAAUAAUCUUAAGGAUUUUUUGAAUGUUGCUGGGCCAAUGGGUGUUACUCAUUUCCUUAUAUUAUCAAAAACAGAUACAGCAUCCUAUCUGAGGGUUGCAAGGACCCCCCAAGGCCCUACCCUUACAUUCAAAAUACAUGAGUAUUCAUUGGCAGCUGAUGUUGCUCAAUCUCAGUUGCGUCCUAGAUGCCCUCCAGAACUUUUCAAGAACUCUCCUCUGAUUGUCCUUUCUGGUUUUGGGACUGGAGAUCAACAUCUAAAGCUCACAACUAUUAUGUUUCAAAACAUAUUUCCAGCCAUCGAUAUCAAUACUGUUAAACUUGGUUUAUGCCAAAGAAUUGUGUUACUUAAUUAUAAUAAAGAGACAAAGCUUAUUGAUUUUCGGCAUUAUUCCAUCAGAUUACAGCCUGUCGGUGUCUCCCGUAGACUUAGAAAAUUUGUGCUGAACCAUCAGGCACCGGAUUUGAAGAGUCUACAGGAUGUCAGUGACUUUGUGACUAGGGCAGGUUAUGGGUCAGAAAGUGAAGGAGAUGAUGAAGCGGCAACAGUGAGUCUACCAAGUGAUCUUGGUAGAGUUAAUAGAGCUUCAACGAAAAGUGCUGUCAAGCUUCAAGAGAUUGGACCUAGGAUGACUCUUCAACUUAUGAAAAUUGAGGAAGCAUUAAGUUCUGGUGGAGUCAUCUUCAGUGAAUACGGAAGUGGAGAAGAUGCAAAAAAGCAGGAAAAUCAAGAAGUCGAUGAAGGUUAGUCUGGUCAAGUAGUCAUAGCCCGGCCCUAGAGACCAAAAAAACAAGAUCUGUCUGACUUGAUGCUUCUUUUUUUGGGGGUGAGGGUGGGUUUUGGGUUGGGUGUGGAAUUGGGGACACUAAGGUUGAUAUUGUCCAUGGAAACGGCAUACAAAAAGUUUUGGAUGGGUUUUGGCUGA